AUGUCUAUUAGAAUCAUUCGGGAAGCAGCCAAAGCCAAAGUCGACAUCGUGUUUGUCCACGGUUUACAUGGAGAUCAAGCACCGUGGACCUCUGAGGCAGGUCUCUUUUGGCCUGAAAAACUCCUCCCUUCCAAGGCAUCCGACGCGUGUAUACUGUCCUUUGAAUAUGAGGCGACGAUUAAUUCUUUCUUUGAUGAGGACGACGGAAUCAACGACGUUUCCAGCGACCUAAUCAACGAGCUGAUAGACCAUCGAGUUGAGAAAGAAAAGGAAGAGCGAGCCAUAAUUUUCAUUGCGCAUGACCUUGGUGGGGCGGUUUUAGAAAACGCCCUCGUGAGAGCAGCUGAGCAUCCCAAAAAAAGGGAACUCAUCGGCUAUGUCUACGGUAUCUUACUGCUGGGAACACCGCAUUUCCAGACUGGAUCACUAAAGGCGGCGACAAAAUAUUUCCAACUGGCUAAGGUGGCCGACGAGGAGAUCCCGAGUGAAUCCGACCUGAACGAAAAGUCGCAGCGGCUCAUCGCGAUUCCCCCGGCCUUUGCCGGUCUCAAGCAAGCUGGGGCUGAGUUUGAGGUGGAGGUUUUCUACGCCGGAGCCGGGACCAAACUGGGCGGCAAGGACGUGAAGAUCGUCGAUGAAGCAUUGGCCCGGUGUCCCGAAGCUCCUCUCCCGGAGAAGCUGGCCCGAAACCAGCUACGAUUGAGCCAAUAUGACGCUGAGGAUGACAAGGACUUCAAGAAGGUGCUACGGGUUGUUACUCAAUGGAUGUCGAAGAUUGUAGUUCCCGAGGAGGAAAAGGGUGCGCAAAAUGUAUCUAAUGCAACGUUUUCGGGGUCCCACAAUUCUGGUUUGCAGCUCGGGCAGAAUGCAGGUACUUUGAAGGGGUUCAGCUUUGGAAGGAAUUAG